GAAGGGGACGUUGGGCGCAGCACCGCUUCCGGGGCGGCCCCUCUCCCGCCGCACUCCGACCUGGCGCGGCCAUCCGGCCCCCGCUCGCAGGCCCCACUGCUGCGCCCUCUCGGGGACGCGAAUGCCCCGAGCCGGGCGGGCGCCCGAGGAGGGAGGUCCCGCUCCAGGGGCGCGGAACUCCAGAUGCUUACGCCCAAAGCCCCUCGCCUGGCGCCAGCUGGUCCCGAACUUCGGGGCAUGGGCACCCAGGAAGGGGGCCGCGCGUGUUGGGAGGCCUGUCCUCUCGCCGCGACCCUCCAGGGCAGCCGGGGCACCCACCUGAGGAGCGGGAAGCCCAGGAACGCUCGAAGAGGGUGUGGCCUCAGGUAGGACGCGGCGGCGAACCCAGAGCGCGGGAGAAGUUGCCCAGGGUCGCCGGGGCCUCUGCCCGAGGGGCGCCCCGCUGCCUAACUCCUCUCCACCUGCUUGCCCCCAGCUCCCGCCCGCCCUUCGCCUCCGGGCCCUGGGGCCACAGCCGCGGGGACCUGCCUGCGGCUCCACGGCCCGGUGGCCGCCUCGCGGAAACCCGACCCGGAGAACCAGCUGGGUGCCGGCUGUGUGUAAUCACCUGGUUCACUGGCAUCGCAGAUGCACGCUCCAGAGCCGCGGGCCGACUCUCCUUUGUCGCGGGGCGGCGUGUGCCCACCCACACAUCCUGGAGAGCCCACGCGGAAGUCCGAAAACCCGUCACGUUGGAUGAUCUGUCCCAUGUGGACAGGGCCCCAAGACUGUGCUGAGGUAGCCCCUUGCGCAGGCAGGAAAGUGGGAUUUAAGGGAUUCCAGUUCCCUUGUCAGACCUUGCGCAGUCCUGAGUCCUGAGGACUUUCUAGCCUGAGAGUCCUAGGGCAGAAGACCCGCACCGACAGAAAGCUUCCAGGAGCGCCGCUGGGGCCUGUUCCGGAGCUCUCUGCCUGUGAUUUUGUUCCAGAGUCGGCAUCCCCUGCUUGUCCUCAGCAGUCCCUGCCUGAGAUCAGAAUGGCCAUUCCAAGGGGCUCACUCCUGGCUGCCCCCCGGGCCAUGUUUCUUUUGGGGUACCGGGUGUUUUCUAUAUUGGGGGAAGGGACAGGGAUCACCUGUCUCUUCCCCAAAUAAA